UCUAGUAGCCGGUUUUUAAAUAACUUUAGUAAAACAAAAGUUUGGAACGUAGUUGAAAAAUAAGUUUUGAGUUUUGUGUAAUGAUGCCCAAACAUAUAUUAUAUGUGUACUAGUUUAUAAAAAUGGUUUUCUAUUUUCAAAGUGAUGUGGUUUCGCCACCGGCCUUAAUUUACAUGGGAAAGGAUAAGUAUGAAAAUGAAGAACUUAUUCGAUGGGGCUGGCCAGAGGAUGUUUGGUUCCAUGUUCACAACUAUUCUUCUGCUCAUGUAUACUUGAGGCUAAAAGAGGGUCAAUCUGUAGACGAUAUUCCACAGGCUCUGAUCAAUGACGCUGCGCAGUUAGUAAAAUAUAACAGCAUUCAAGGGAAUAAAAUUAACAAUAUAGAGGUCGUUUACACAUUAUGGUCCAACCUUAAGAAAACACCUGAUAUGGAGGUUGGUCAGAUAGGAUAUUUUUGUGAAAAGGAUGUGAAAAAAAUCCGCGUUGAAAAACGAGUAAAUGAAAUUAUCAAUAGACUAAACAAAUCGAAAACUGAAGAUCAUCCGGACCUACGACGGCAAAGAGAAGAACGCGACGCCGAAGAAAGAAGGAAAAACAAGCACAGUUUAAAAGCUCAACGAGAGAAGGAAGAGGAAGAAAUGAAGCGUCAGAAGGCCGAAGCAGAGAGCCGUAGUUACGAUAAAUUAUUUAAACCGGAAAGCAUGACUACUAAUUAUGAUGAUGGAAAUGACUCUGAUGAUUUUAUGUAACAAUAAAAUUUUUAAAUCUACAUAUGAAAUUAAAUAUACAUAUAUCGUCACCUGAAAUGCAAAAAACGUAAAAAAUAUCGUUGAAAUGCAAAAAGUCAUAACUAGGGCAUGGAAAUCUAUGCAAAUAUAUGUUUUUCUUGGACAUAGGUAAAGCGAAAUAGAUAAAGUAUCUACGCGAAUCAUAAAAUUAUCUUAAAAAUGGCAUUCAAAUGUUUUUGCAUAUUUUAGCCAUAAAUGCAUAUUUUUGCAUAUUUCGCAUUUUUUGCACAUUUUAGUACAUAUUUUGCAAUAUAUUGGCUCUUGACGGAAAACUUUACAAAUCUGCAAAUCUGUGCAUAUUUCUCUAGUUGGUACUUUUACGGAUAUUUAAUUUUGUGAAUUGGUUAGUUUGCAGUUUUACACAAAUAAAAUACACGUAAAACUCUUAUGACGAAGUACGGAGGUUGGUGUGAACGCGGCUAUCAUUUGUUUUCGAUGUAGUGCGAAAUCUAUUGGGAAACAUAA